GAAGAUGAGGAGAGAGAUAACAGAGACGGGAAAAAAGGAGGAAAGUCUUGUCGCGUGAUCCAAGUUCCUUUCUCUCUCAGUGAACCUCGAAGAUGUCGUCGUCGUCGUCGUCGUCGUCGUCGUCGUCGUCGUUGUCUUUUAAUCUCAGGUUACGGCUCGCCUCGCGAUGGAACCUCGAUCUUAGGUAUUACGACGACAAUCUCGAGGAAGAAGAAGCUGCUCGGACGAUCAAAUAGCAUAAAAGAAGAAGGAGAGGAAGGCCUGGAGUUAAGCACGCGAGACCGUGCACGCCACCGCUGCCGGUUGCCAAUUCUCUGAGUCAUAUCCGUGAAUUACUCCCUCCUCCUCGACCUCCACCUCACCCUCCUACGACCCUUUACUCGAAGAUGAACUCCAUGCUGUAUACCCUCUACGGGUUCGCAAUAUUUUUUAUGAUAUUCUGGUCGGGCAUGUGGAUAGUUCACAUGUUGGCUUUAAUAGCCGGCCGUUGGAAGCUUCAUCGAAAGAUCGCCCAAAUGCCGAGCUACGAGACUCCUCUGCCUGGUGUUUCAAUCAUAAAACCAUUAAUGGGAGUAGAUCCGAAUCUAUUCAAUAAUCUCGAGACAUUCUUCACGAUCGAAUAUCCUAAAUAUGAAUUGCUCUUUUGCGUCGAGGAUGAUUCCGAUCCAGCUUUGAUGCUGGUAGGGAAAUUAAUUGAAAAAUAUCCCCAAAUAGAGACCCGAGUAUUCGUCGGCGGUAGGAACGUCGGGGUCAAUCCAAAAAUCAACAACAUGCAGCCGGCUUACGAGACGGCUAAAUACGAGUUGGUACUUAUAAGUGACAGCGGUAUAAGGAUGAAGGAGGACACUCUGUUGGAUAUGGUCAAUCACAUGACCGAUAAGGUCGCAUUGGUACAUCAAAUGCCCUUCACGUAUGACCGCGACGGUUUCGCCGCAGCAUACGAAAAGAUAUUCUUCGGUACUGUACAAUCGAGGAUGUACCUGGCAGCUGAUCUUUUGAGAAUAAACUGUCAUACCGGUAUGUCGGCGUUACUUCGUAAAGCGACCUUGGACGAGGUCGGCGGCCUCAAGACCUUCGGUGUCUAUCUCGCUGAGGACUUCUUUUACGCUAAGUCAUUGACCGACCGCGGCUGGCGAAUAACCGUCUGCUCUCAGCCGGCCUUGCAAAACAGCGGCCACUGCGAGUUGCACUCCUUCCAGGCGAGGCUCAGGAGGUGGGCCAAGCUUCGUGUCGCCAUGUUACCCACCACGAUCGUCUUCGAACCUCUCAGCGAGUGCCUCGUAUUAGGCGCCUGUGCCUCAUGGGCGGCCAGUGUUCUAUUCGACUGGGACUCCUUAGUUUUUUAUCUUGUACACAUACUAUUGUGGUUCAUGUUCGACUGGACGCUUUUGUGUGUCGUACAGAACGGGCCGUUGCCCUUCAACAAACUCAUGUUCGUCUGUGGAUGGCUUCUCAGUGAGAUCACGAGACCAUAUCUCUUCGUUCAAGCCGUCCUGGAUCCUCUGAUACAGUGGCGUUCGCGCGUUUACAAGCUCAGAUGGGGCGGCGUCGCGGAGGAAGUCAAGACGAAAAACACAUGAUACAUAUACCAGUUGAAGCGAAGUAUCGUACCAGCAAAAAAGACCUCCGUUAUCUCAAAAUCCAAGAACAAAUAUGGCUGCAUCGACUAUAUAUGUAUGUCUCGCAGGAAAAAGAAAUAAGAUCAUAUUCUCGAUGUAAAUUUGUAAAAUCGUAUCGCAAUGAUAAAACUGAUAAAGAUAAAGGAGUUUGUCUAUCCGACAAAGACAAUAUCAACACGAAUCGAGAUAAUCUUUCGAACAACGUGAUUUCUUCUUACACAGUAUGUAUAUAUAUAUAUAUUAUGUAUAUAUAUAUAUAUAUAUAUAUAUAUAUAUAUACACGUGAUGUUACAAAAGACUGGCUUAGUCAAAGACAAUAGAUAAAGCGAUGAUUGAAUAAACAAAAAAUAAAAGCUUCUCUAACGCGAAUCGGUUUUUAAAGAUUAAAAAAAAAAAGAAAGAAAGAAAAAAAUAAAAAAAAAAAAGAGAACCUAUUCAAACGUAUCUAAUUUAUCAUUCCAUUCUUAUGUCAUUUUCUUUCGAAAUUUCGAAUGUGUUUCACUUUUUAAAAUACCCCGAAGGAAAAUCUUCGUUUAAUUUUGUCGACGCACUAUUUUCACUUUUCUCUAAAUCAAUCGUUAUACUUCAAAUCUUAAAUAUCAUUUUUUAUAAACCUCAUCUAAUUUUUUAAUAUAACUAAUGAUCGUGGCUCCGUCUUCUUUUUUCUUCCCCUUUUUAAUUUAUAAUAUCUAUUUUGUUACGUCGAAUGAUCGAACCGAUAUACAUAUGUGCCACUGUAAGUAUUAGAAGAUGAUCAAUGUAAAAAAAGAAAGAAAGAAAGAA